UCGUCCGAGGAGAGAUUGAUAGUUGUCCGUCGAAUUUCUUGAUUGUCGCAAUCGAAUAUCGCCGGCGUACCGUCGUUUUCGUAGUGAAAUGUGCGAUUUUCCUUGUACUAAAUUGGGGAGUCGAAGGAUCUGUGACAUUCAUUAGGAUAACGACAAGGAAUAUCAGUUUAUAAUGGUGACGAAUGAAACGGUAAAGAUGCAUUAUUUAUACUAAAUGACGGGCUUGCCUAAUUCGUUGAUUAACAAGCCGUAAAAGUUAGUGACUAAACACUGGUGAUAUGGGAGAUUUGUGUUUGUAACGGAUAGGUUGUGGUUAAAGACCUAUCAACGGACACCUGUAACAAAUCAACUAUAAUAACUACACUAACAACCCUGGGGAACCAACUAAUAACAACAUCCCUAUAAACUGAAAGUAAAUAUAUAAAGUGUACAGUGUACUAACCCUUCGCCCUGGUGUGUGACGAUUACGUAAGAAUCUUCGUUGUAAUCGAUGUAUACCGAUUAUUUAACAAGAAUGUAUACUAAAAUCUAAGACGCUCCGCUGGUGGAUCCCCAGCAAUCAUGCUGUUGAUAAUACGACAAGGGGCCACACCCCCUCACUUCCGGGUGGUACCGGAUAAUUACCGUCGUAGGCUGCUCAGAGGUAAGGGGAUGACCGAGGUGGGUAUUCUCCGGAGCAGUCCGGAUUCGGACUGUAACAGCAACCACCACGGUUCAGCCAGUUACGUCAGCAAUACGUCUUCCCAGGAUAUCGACUUCAUCCAGGACAACUCCGACUACCAGUGGUUUCUAGAUUAUGGGUAUCGGGAUGGGGGAACAAACCACCAUACCAGCAUCCUCUCCCUUCCCGAGUCAUAUGAAGCGGGGGACCUUAAUUACUACGACACUUUUUCAAAAAAUAUGGACGCCAACCUAGCAGAAGCCGAUAUGGAAAGCUUUAGGACUGAAGACAUCCAUGCUUUAUUGACGAAUUUACCGCCGAUGUGUACUGACCAUCUAAGUCAAGAGAAUAAUAGGCAGGGAGAAUGCUACGCAAGUGUUUCUGGUUCUAUGAUGGCUAAAUUCGACCUGGACAGCUCCAUAAGCCCACAUAGCAGUUCUCAAGGAGAAGAUUGUUCAGCUAACUCAAAUUCUAUGUCUAUCUGCAAAUCAGAACUGCUCUUCAGCCCCGUGAAAGAAACACCUGUAUCGGUCAACUUUAGUGUGGACUCUUUGGACUGUGAUUUUCACGAUAUGAUGAUAACAUGCCAGGCUAAUAAGGAUAAUUAUACAAUAGCAUUUGAAGGAUCUGUAACAAUGUACUCGGAAGACAGCGAUUAUCAUGAAUCGGAUAAGAGUUCUAAUUCUCAUGACACUGGCAGUACUCAUUGGCCUGGAAACUUGAAGCCUCAAGUGAAAAAUACGAAAAUUCUGGAUAACUCAAUGACUCAAUCAGAUUCUAGUAGUUUCACUACUUGGAGUAAGCUGAAGAAGCGCAGCAGCGAGGAUCAGCUGAGAGUACGGCCGUCAGGAAACAAUAACAACUCAGGAGACGACGCAAAUCACUUGGGAUUGACCGAGGUUACGUUUAAGAGCCAAAGUAUGCCCAACUUGUAUAAGCAGAGGUUGAAGAGCCUGAUGGCUACCAGCACGUACAUCAAGAGCCAAAGCAAUAGUUCGACUGAUACCUGCACUAUAAAAAGGCGACCUGUUAAAGUGUUUGACAUCCAGCAUCAAGUGCAGCACAGUGGAUCUGGGGGAAACUUUUCCGAUUUGGCUGCGUCGAUAGACGCAAGCAGCAGCGACAGCGCAAACAACAAACAACAGCCCAACUUCAGCCUUGUUAAAUUAUUCAUGAAACAGAAAAGCAUGAGCACUGAAGGAAUGUCUACGACGAUGGACCAAUUGUCUUCUUCGGAAAAUUGGCCAGGAAGUCAGUCUGGCGAAAGCCAAAAUUCCGACGGGAAAUCUUCAGAACACCUAAAAAACCUCGAGACAAGUGCUGAAGCUAAGACGAACGAGAGCAGUGCCAGGACGUAUGAUUUGAUCAUAGAAGAACCCGAAGACGACAUUUCUAGAAGCGAGUCGGUGGAGCAGCUCUCCGAGAGCAUUUCCAAGAUAGAUUCCGUCGGGGACAGUUUUGAGAAAGAAAGUGUGGUACCAAAGGAUUGCGGUGAUAAAACCUCGGAACAAGAAAAUGGCAAUAAAGUGUCUUGUCAGCAGAAAUGUUUGAAAUCGAAAAGCGAGCUUAUAAACAGGAGCAUCCAAACGUCGCAUUUUUCCGAAAUCGCCAGCUUAAAGAAUGCUCAUAAAACGAGCAUGGAAUUUUCCAAACCUACCAUAAAAGUCAUCGAGCAAUCAUUUCUAAAUAAAUUAAAGCAGGAAGGGGAAGUUCAGAAACCUGUCUAUGUCUUGUAUCCGAAUUACGUCCUCCCCGACCUAGACUUCUUGAACGAGAAAGACGAACUGUCCAAGCUACUUUUACUACCCCAGAAGGCGCCAAACGUUACUUCGACGAAAAAGCGACCGUUUAGUUGCAACGACCUGGAAACGUUAAAACGUAGGGGGUUCGGGCACGUUAAGGAUUGGGACUCCCUCAACUUCCUCUUACCGCAGGAGUACCGCCAGAUUCUAGCAGAAGUGCCAGAGAUAUCGGAACAUAUCAAGACGAACACUAAAGAAAAACCAUCAUUCAUGCAGAAUAAAUUCACGAAACGACGUCCGCUCAGUUGCGAGAUCAACCAGACGAACGUAUCGUCAAGCUCGAGUACGGCCACCCAGCCAAGUUCCGGCUACCGGGGAUCUUCCAGCUUGCUAACUGACUCUCAGAACAGUCCAGCGACCACCACAAAUCUGAACCCGCUCUUCGUCUACCGUUAUGACAGCGUCACCAGCUCCGAGGCCAGCCUCAUGACCAGCGAUAGGCAGCACAGCAUCACCACCACCGCCCCUCCUCUGCCGUUACGCUGCGUCAGCCUGGGGCAGGGCGAGACAGUGCCACCCAGACCCCCAUUGCCAAGGGGCAUCCUCAGACGAGGUGCAGAAAAAGCAGACCCGAGUAAGCGUUACAGCAUGUACGAGACAAGCGAGGAGGAACUUAUCGUUGAGGAUCCCGGGUACAAGAGGAAGUCGUUCCCCGAGCCCUACUACCUCCAGAGGCACAAGAAACUAUCGGAGACGGAGGACGAGGGAGUGGACGCGGGCACUUCCAGCAGCAGCUUGGAUGAGCACCCGGAGUACCCCACGCAUCGGAAUCUCCUUUCUAAUAUAAGUACAGAUGAAUUGGUGCAGUUGGAGGAAUUCCUGAAGUUGAGCGGGAUCUCGGCCUCGGACGAGGAGCACACGGAGGAGAGCCUGAUACAGUUGAGGUCGUACGUCGGCAAGUUCCUGUCGCUCAAGAUCAACCAGGAGGGCGCUGAGCACUUUGGGGGAAAGAAGUGCGUCAGCUUCGCGGAGAGGAUCAACGUGACGCCGAAGCUGCUGGAAGCGAAGCAGUCCGUUCCGCCGAAUAAUUCACCCAACGUUUCCGCGUUCCUGCAUCAAAAAAACUACCAGAUUAAAAACUUGGUCGACAUGCCUAUUUGCGAGGAGAACGAGAACAGCCCCAACUACUGCAGCCCUCAGACCACCCCGAUCCACCACAGCAAAACACCAUCAGACUACAAUCUGGUACAGAAAAAGUCCCUCGUUAGCGCAGUCACGGACGCGGUCGAGCAGCUCAUGCACCAUUUCUCCCCCGCCUCCAACCAAAUGGAAUUGAACGCUUUGGGCGAUGCCAGCUUAAAUCCCACGUGUGCUAAACUAGCCCUUGGCACUCUAUGUCCCGCUCUUUACGCUGUCUUAAGCGACGGGUUGAAGCCGUGCCUGGAGACGAGUUUCGGCGCCAUCAAUAACUCGGUGUGGCAAGUCGUGGAGGCCUCUGCCCAACAGGGUCCCCUCACCAAAGCCCUGAACGACCUCGUCAUGAGAAUAAACAGCGAGGACGUCAUAACGGAAGGUCUAGUGAAGUUCAACGCCUUCGUCUUUGGAUUGCUGAACGUUAGAUCAUUGGACGCGUGGGCGAGUUACCUCAGGACUAGGGAGAGCGUGUUGCGGAAGCACUACACCGGCGAUUCGCUUCUGGUUAUGUCGCACACGGGGGGCGCCAACGUUAGGUCUCUGUUGGACGCCAUGAUUGCCGCAUUGCAACCCCUCGCUUUCCUUCCGUUUCAGCUUGACCUGCUCUUUGAGUAUAAACAGUUGCAUCUCAGCUUUAAGAGAAUGGAUUCGUAUCACCAGCCCCUCAGCCCCACUCACAAGCAUUGUCCUUCUCCGAACUUCAAGCAAUUCAACUCUCCGAAACUGGGUCUCUCUUCAAACAGCAAUCGAUCCAAUUCCGAAUCCGAAGACACGUCCACGGCCACCACGGUUCGUAACUCGUCCGCCUGUCACAUCAGGACGCACCCAGACCCAAUGAGCACCUCCCCGUCGAAGACGAAGGUCCGCUGCGAGAAAGAACGCCCCCGUUCCUGCGUGGAAGGCAGCCUCUCCAAGCCCAACUUCAGGCUGUGUGGAGACGUGGACGACGUAACAAGGAAGAGAUGGUCCGGCAUCGCGCUCAACUCCAAGCUCUACCAGGCCUACGACAGGCUGGCGAAGGAGGAGGAGGAAUACACCGACAGCCUGGAAAACCCCGUUCCUCCGCCAGUAGACAAGAGCGACGAGAGCAACUCGAAUGAGAAUGUCCCCUCUCUGAAGGAAGAUUGCGAGCCGGAAUCCCUCGAUUCGAACUACUCGGACGAGAAGCCGCUGAACGGACGGAGAUUCAAGAAGUUGCAACAGAGAUGGGAGAUGCUCAGCGGGCAGAAUUCGACCGAGUCACCACCGUCUUCGCCCACGCAUGCGGCUGGCAAAUCGAAGAUACCCCGGCCUGUUAUUUCGCCCGUUAGGCCGUCGGGAAUACCCGUUGCGGUCUCUCCCACAACUAAAGGUGGCUUAAAAUCUGUGAAGAGAGUUACAACUCCUCCUUCUGGCAGUAAAACUGCCGUCAAUAAGGGUUUGAAUGGCGUUAAGAGUUCUCCGUUGAAGAAGGCGGGAGUGUGUGCAAGAACGAGUAGAGUUGACCAGCUGGAACACCCCCAAGACGCAGUGCGGCACAUACAGAGGCCUAGCAGUUUACCGUACAAGCCGGCACCACAGAAUGGGAAGACUUCCAAAAUCACUCCACCCAGAAGGGCAGCCUCCAGCUCGCUGAACAGGAGACCGCUCAGUCAUUCCACCACGCCAAAGGUUGUGAGGACGUUAAACCACAGGCUGCCCUCCGAGAGCGGUCACCUGUCGUACAACGAGGGCGAGAGACUAAGGGUGGUGUUGGAGGUGGACGACAAGUGGCUCCUGUGCUGCAGGGGCACUCAGAAAGGUCUCGUGCCGAAGUCAGCCGUCAUAGCCGACGCUGGUCGAUUCUGACUGUAAAUAUUGAAAAAAAACCUACUCGAGUUGUAAAUUUUUAUACAGACUGGGCUUGUGAUGUAAUAAACUUAGAUAAGGCAUAUUUUUAAAAGAACUAUGCUAGUAAUACAGUAACAUUGUUAAUAGUAAGUAUUACCGAUAUUAUUACCGCUUAUUGCUGUUGUAAGCAUUUCGACUUCAUUUUUCUAAAGUAUUAAUUUCGUUUAAAAUUCAGUGAUAGUGUACUAGUACUUAAUACUUAAAAAAAAGUGGUAGGGCGUUUGAUGAAAAUUAUCCUCAAUCAAAAUAUUGCUUUUACUAUUAAUCUCCCCGAGACGCCAAAUCGACUAAAUUUUCCCUCGGACUUAACUAACUUCUCUGUCUGUCUUCUCUUCUCUCUACUUCGGUGGUUGGGUUCCUCUUACACUCGAAUUACCAGCAGAAAUUUGCUUUUGCACCGUAAGGAAACGGACAAACAUUUAUUAACAUUACCAUUCCGCACUUUCAGUUCCCUGUAACGUAACAGUAUAACGUCCGUUUUAAUUUUUGGUGCCACUUUGACCACUUCUUAACAAAACACUUCCCAUGCACUGUCCCUGCUCGAUAACAGUGUAGGUGGCGCCGUCAGGUUUUUACGGUGCAAAGGCAGGUCUCUGCAUGAUUUCCACCUACGGCUUGGGCGGCGAUGCCUAAGCUCGACGGUGGAAAUGAGCACAGCAGGUUUCGGUUUUCAGGAAAAGGGCAUGAAACCUUAAAAAUUCGUCAAUGUCGUAGAAAGUCCAAACUUUAAUACUUUGCUAACGUAUCAGUGUUGUUUUACAUCAUCAUCAUGGCUCUAAAGUGCAUACAAACAUGUUUCUAAAAAAGUUGUAUAAUUGUAAAUAAUAAAGUUUUGAUUGAUACUGUCGCAAUACCCUAAAAAAAUAUUUAAGAAUCACAAAUAAAUAUCGCAAUUAAAAUUAUAUCUCACCAAAAUUUGAUGCGUCUUUUGUCAAAAUUACAAUUAAAAAAAAAGUAGGCUGUGCUUUUCAUGCGACAUAUGUUCGUAGUAUUUUUGCCUCCUGAUCACGAAUCUGGUAUCAGAAUUUAGCUAUCGCACCACAGGAAUUUCCUAACCUCAAAAAACUGGUCAAAAAUAGCAAAAAUUCAUGAAAACGUGCUAGGAAAAUUACAAA